AUGCGACUGGAGUUCGUCGUUGGUCUACAAGCUGCCCUGAUUCUGUGCUCUCCGAACCUGGUUUCGUGUGACGAUACCAUCCAUUGUGCCGAGAGACGUCCGAACGACGUUCAUGGAGUUCUGCGUUGUCUCAUCGAUCAGAAACACAUUUCUCGAGCUCCACCAUAUACCGUCAAUGUAAACGUUUCUGUCCGAACGCUCUCGAUAACGUCACCGGAUGACACAAGCUUGGAUUACGUGUUUCAUAUGAUCGUCACCGAGAAAUACAUCGAUACACGACUCCGCUUCAAGGUUUACCAGGCAGGCCGCUACCACCAUGGUCUCAAUGCCUUCCCGUAUCGGAACUCUUUGUGGACGCCUAAACUCCUACCCGUGGAAAAUGAUCCGCCGAGCAAUUUCCCGACUUUCUGGGAGCGAGUGACAGUUUUCCCGUCUGGAGAAGUACACUUCCGCAGACGGAUAAAAGUGGCGCUUACGUGCCGAACGACAAUGGACAUAUUCCCUUUCGACCAUCCCGUCUGCAAAUUCAGUCUUUACGCUGCAGGUUAUCGACGAGAUCAGGUCCAUCUAUCUUGGGACCAUCACGCACCCGCAUUCAUCCUCUCUGAGGGUUUGUCGAAUGUGAACGCACCCCCAGUCCGAGUUGAAGUCGCAUCAUGCUCAAUCGAAGAACAGGCCACCUACAACGCAGCGUGCAUCAAAGCUUCAACAAUAUUGGCCCGCGAUCACAUCGUGUACUGGGUCACCUUGUACGUGCCCUCGAUAGUUCUGGUCACGAGUGCCUUCAUGACGUUCUGGCUCAAAGCUACCCCUCCGAGAUCGAUGAUAGGAACCACGACCCGUCUCACUUAUAUCUCAACGACGAACAACCUCCGGAAUCAGCUGUCUUCGGUAUCGAGCUUGGUUUCACUCAACGUCUGGGAUUCGGUCUCGAUUAUCAUAAUCUACUUCUGUAUUCUCGAAUUCAUCUUCACCGACUAUUUGGGAAGGCAUCCUCGUGCGUAUGAGAAGGAGGAUGAAAAGUUUUUGGAAGAAGCUUCGGCGAGGAGCAGUCUGACUUUCUGUGAUAAGAUGAUUCUCUACCUCCGGAGACCGAACGCGAAAAUAGCGAAUGACAUCGACGUCUUCUGCCGAAUCGCCGUGCCUCUCGUAUACCUCAAGUUUCUCAUAGGCUACUUCGUGGCGAACCACUCCGUGUUCGCUGAGGACGUCGAGCGAACCCUGAAAGCCUACAAAGAUUUCAUGGACUGAUGCUCUUCCGCCUGAUCUGAAACAUUCUCUACAUUGACCAAUCGCCGGAAUCAAUGAUGGAUAUCAUGAGCGCCCAUCCCGACCAGC